AUGGGAGAGGAGAAAGAACAUGAGCAUUCUUCUUUUCUCUUCUGCUGUAGGGAUGGGCCCAACCAGAAGAACCACACAGUAGUGACCCAUUUCAUUCUCCUUGGAAUCCCCAACACCGAAGGCAUUGAGACCAUCCUCUUUAUUGUCUUCUUAAUCUUCUAUCUCUGCACUUUGCUGGGAAACCUGAUGAUUAUGACCGUGGUCCUCUUUGACUUUCAUCUCCACACCCCAAUGUACUUUUUCCUCUGCAAUCUUGCCAUCCUAGAUAUUGGCUUCUCUUCCGUCACCACACCAAAGAUGUUAGCCAACCUCUGGGGACAGAGCAGAACAAUCUCCUUAGGGGGGUGCAUGUCCCAGGUCUUCUUCUACCAUUUUAUGGGAUGUUCUGAGUGCCUGCUGUAUACCGUCAUGGCUUAUGAUCGCUAUGUUGCCAUUUGUUACCCUCUGCGAUAUCUGGUCAUUAUGAACUGGAAGGUGUGCAUCAUCUUGGCAGCUGGCACAUGGGCAGCCAGUUCCAUCCAGGGCAUUGUUCUCACCAGUCUCACUUUCACACUGCCUUACUGUGGCCCCAAUAGAAUAGACUAUUUCUUCUGUGACAUCUUCCCAGUCGUCAAGUUGGCCUGUGCCGAUACCACCACCAUAGAGGCUGUGGGCUUCAACAAUGUUGGUGUUGUGGGCACGACCUGUUUCAUCCUCAUCCUAUUGUCUUAUGCCCGCAUCAUCUACUCCAUCGUGCGGAUGAACUCGGGAGAGGGGAGACGCAAAGCAGCCUCCACAUCCGCUUCACAUCUUUUGGUGGUUACCUUCUUUUUUGGACCCUGUGCUUUGAUUUACACCCAGCCAUCUCUGAGCGGGGUUCUAGUCACCGCAGUGCAGAUCUUUGGCAAUGUAGUCACACCCAUGCUCAACCCAGUCAUCUACACUCUGCGGAACAAGGAAGUCAAAGCAGCUUUGAAGAAACUUACAAGGAGGCAGACAGUUUCACAAUUGACUGCACAUUAA